AUGAGUUUGUGCCGCUGGGCCUACACGCCAACACCAACGCCUGCAACUGAGUUCUUCACCAAGAGGGUGCAGCUGAUUUCCUUUUUCCUACAGUUCUGCCAGAUUAAACUAGAAGAUAGUGUGACCUGCCAGAACUACAACUUGCCUCAAAGCCUUCUGAAAACCAUAUGCCACAGUACUUGCCGCAGCAAAGGUAAAACAAAAACAUCUCUGUCGCAGAAUGAGGCAAAUGAGGAAGCGAUACGCAUCUUGGAUAUUUCCAUCUCGGAUCGGAGUUUGCCAUCUGGGAUGCCUGCUGAGAAGCAACAAUAUGGUGCCACUGAUAGGGACACAUAUGCUGGCAUCCCAAGAGAGAACAGUGUCAAUAAGCUUGAUUGUCCCAUGGAGGGUGAGAUCUGCACCAUGAACUCAUCACACUGGGCCCUGGCACUUAUAUGUCUCAUCCAGGGUUAUUCAUCUGCAAAUGAGUGGGGUGUUUCACUUCCAACAACUCUUAAUGCAUUGGAAGGGACAUCUGUGAUCUUUAACUGUUCUUUCCAGUAUCCUGGUACGCGUACAUCCGGAAUAAAUGCCAUGUGGUUACAAUUUCCAUGUCACGAAAACUCUGACAAACUGUACAUGAGCAAUGAGCAACCCCCAGACUCUGGAAUAGAAUUCAUUGGAAAUCUGACUCAGAACAACUGUUCUCUUCGAAUUAAUGCUGUUCAGAAAAAGCACAGUAACACUUUCUGCUUCAGAUUUGUACUUCCAGAAAGAAACAAAUGGACGGGAAAGCCAGGCUUGCAUCUCACUGUCUAUGCCCGUCCAAAAACACCCUUUAUCUCACCUUCGGAGUUGGUCGAAGGGGUCACGACCAAGUUGAAUUGUUCCUCCUCUAAUAUUGAUGAAAAGGCAAUGAUCAGACUGAAGUGGUAUGGCCUCCCUAAUCAGGCAGCAGAACAAUGCAACGAUAAUCCAAGAGUGGUCAGCAGUUGUCUCCGUUUCAUCCCGUCGUAUCAGGAUCACAACAAGAUCGUCAAAUGUUCAGUAACCUACAGUGUGUUCUCAUAUUCUGAUGAAGCCAACAUUACUCUCAAUGUUUCAUAUGCACCCAAAAAUGUAACCAUCCAAGUGGAUAAUGGAUCAGAAUUAGCAAUCAAAGAAGGUGAUAAGGUCUCCUUGACUUGCACAAGUAACAGUAACCCCAAAGCUACAUACAGCUGGUACAAGAGGGAAGAUGAAAAAGGUGAAGCAAGACGUAUUGAUGCCUCUAAAGGCACGUUGUCAUUCCAGACUAUUGCCAGCGGGGAUUCUGGGUUCUACAGCUGUAAAGCAGCAAAUCACGUUGGAAAUAAUACGUCGGAAACUUUGGAAAUUCGUGUCCAGUAUGCACCUAAAAAUGUAACCAUUCAAGUAGUUAAUGGAUUCCAAAUGGACGUUAAAGAGGGAGGCAAGCUCUCCUUGUUGUGCACCAGUAAUAGCAAUCCUGAAGCUACAUACACCUGGUACAAGAGAGAGGAAAGCAAUGGUCAAACAAGAUCUCUUAGUGCUGUGAAAGGAAUUCUGACCUUCCAACAUGUUUCCAGAAGCGAUUCUGGUUUCUACAGCUGUACAGCAACAAAUUAUAUAGGAAGUGGGUCUUCGGAUGAUUUGGAAAUCUACGUCCAAUCAUCAACGAUCCUGAAAUUUGCGAUUGCAGGAUCACUUGGUGGAAUAGGAUUUCUCCUGGCUAUUGUGCUUUGGACACGAAGGAAAGACUUGUUCAAAGGAAAAAAGCCAGAAAUUAAUUCACAACCAGACCUCCAACAUGAAAAGCCGGACACAAAACAGAGCAAUCAGACCAACAAUUCCACCACCAACGUUAUAUACGACAACACGUGCAUGAGUGAGAGUCCAGGCAACGAAUGGGAGACUCUGAGGAAGAAUCCUGCCAAUACUUUGGUAUAUGCUUCCGUACAGUUUAACAACAAGUAUAAGGACUUGGAUCAAGAAAAUUCCCACCUCAGACAAGUCAAACCUGGCAGCACACAGCAAAGCCAAGCUACACAAUCCAUCGAUAGCGCUGUGUAUGAGAAUGUGGACAAGUACAAACCAUCCAGUGAAGGAACCAGCAUCAUCAGAGAAGAACCUGAAGAUGCUGUACAAUAUGCCUGUGUUGUGUUUAAGGACAAACUGCUUGAUCCAAAAGCAGCGAUCCACUGAGCAAAAUAAACUGCGUGUGGCAUCAUCUGGGCAAACACAGUUCUGAAACAACGGAUAUUGUUUAUGUAGGAUAAUUGGAUUUUCAUUCAUGUUACUUUGCUUUAUUAACUUAGGAUGUAAAUGCUCUUGGCUGGACCAACAUGUAUUGCCCAUCCCUACUUGCCCUUUCUUUUCUUGGU